AUGGCAGACAUAGUUGUAUCUCCACUUCUCCAAGUGAUUUUUGAGAAAUUGAGCACACCAUUGGUGCAAACAAUUCCCAAUCAAUUUGGCUCGGAAACACAGGUGACUCUUCUUUGUCACAAGUUAAAAGCUUUUAAAGUUGUUCUUGAAGAUGCAGAAGAGCAACAACUGAGUAGCAGAGCUUUCAAGAUUCUGUGUUCAGACCUCAAACAAGUUGCUUACGAUGUUGAAGAUUUUCUUGAUGAAUUCUCUCUAAAAGCCCUUCAAUCUGGAACUUAUAGUGGGUUUAUUCAGCAGGUACGAGAUUUUACCCUUUAUCGGAUCAACCAAACUUUAGAAUCUUUAGCUGAAGAUAGAUCUAAUUUUCACUUGAGAGAGCAAGAUAUAAGAACUGGUAGUAGUAGUAGUAGUAGUAGUAGUAGUAAUAGUAGUAGUAGUAGCAGAAGAAGAAUAAGGCGUACUGGGUUUUGUGUAAAUGAAUCAGAAGUGUUUGGAAGAGAAGAUUGUGGUAUUGGUAAAACAACACUUGCUCAAUUAGUUUACAAUGAUGAGAGGGUAGCUAAACACUUUGAUUUAGAGAUAUGGGUAUGUGUAAAUGAUGAUUUUGACGUCGAGAAAAUCACGAGCUCUAUUCUUGAAUUUGUCAAAAAGAGAUAUUUGCUCGUGCUAGACGAUGUCUGGAAUGAGGAUGAUAGUAACUGGGAUAAAUUAAGAACAUCGUUACUAGGUGGUUUGCAGGGGAGUACAAUCAUUGUCACCACCCGGAGUGAAAAGGUUGCGUCGAUAAUGGGCACUACUUACAUUCAUAGUUUAGGAGGUCUGUUUGAUGAUGAAUGCUGGUCUUUGUUCAAGAAACAAGCUUUUGGGCACGAUGAAGACAAGCAUAGGAACCUGUUCCCAAUUGUUAAGGAAAUAGUGAAGAAAUUUGGUGGUGUACCUUUAGCUGCAAGGACUCUUGGAGGCUUGGUUCACUUAAAAAGAGACGAAAGAUAUUGGCUUCUUGUGCAGGAUAGUGAUGUUUGGGAUCUGGAUUAA